CCGCCGAGAGGAAGGGCCGGGCCCCUCGGCGCUGCGGGGCGAGCCCGGGGUCCCUGCCGAGGAGCCCGGCCGGCGGCUCUUUGGGGGAGAUCGAGGGUUCCCUGGAGGAUGAGAAGGUUCCCAAGAGCGGACGGAAGCCCUUUACGGGGUGCUGGGGGGCCGGAGUAAAAGUCCCUCGCAAUUUCCGACUGUUGGAAGAACUCGAAGAAGGCCAGAAAGGAGUAGGAGAUGGCACAGUUAGCUGGGGUCUAGAAGAUGACGAAGACAUGACACUUACAAGAUGGACAGGGAUGAUAAUUGGGCCUCCAAGAACAAUUUAUGAAAACCGAAUAUACAGCCUUAAAAUAGAAUGUGGACCUAAAUACCCAGAAGCACCCCCCUUUGUAAGAUUUGUAACAAAAAUUAAUAUGAAUGGAGUUAAUAGUUCUAAUGGAGUGGUGGACCCAAGAGCCAUAUCAGUGCUAGCGAAGUGGCAGAAUUCCUAUAGCAUCAAAGUUGUCCUGCAGGAGCUCCGGCGCCUGAUGAUGUCUAAAGAAAAUAUGAAGCUGCCCCAGCCACCGGAAGGACAGUGUUACAGCAAUUAAUCACAGAGAAACCGCAGGCCCUCCCCCCGUUCGAUUUAAGCAGUCUUCAUUUUCCACAGUAGUAAAUUUUCUAGAUACGUCUUGUAGACCUCAAAGUACUGGAAAGGAAGCUCCCAUUCAAAGGCAAUUUAUCUUAAGAUACUGUAAAUGAUACUAAUUUUUUGUCCAUUUGAAAUAUAUAAGUUGUGCUAUAACAAAUCAUCCUGUCAAGCGUAACCACUGUCCACGUAGUUGAACUUCUGGGAUCAGGAAAGUGUAUUUAAAUUGGUUCCCAUCAUCGCCGGUGGGCACAUCUAACUCAACUGUGAAAAGACACGUCACACAAUCACCUUGCUGCUGCCUCCACGGCCUGGGCCUCUGCCCCCACCCCCACCCCCGCCUCCCCCGCCCCCUGCAACAGCCCUCCAGCUCGGGCGGCUGGCUAGAGCAGGUGUGAAGGUGUCAGGUCACAGCCUGUGGGACUCCUGCUGGGCGUGGGUGCUCAUCUGCACCCCUGGUUUCUUUUUUUAAGUCUUAAAUGACGCCCCCGUUCCGAGCCAUGGUCCUUUCCCCACUCUCCACUACCACCCUUGGCCGAAGCAUAGAUUGUAACCCCCUCUGCUCCCCUCUGAAAUGGGCGUUUGGUAGGGAAUGCAGGGCUUUCCCCAUAUCUUCUCCCAUACCUUUAUCGAGGGGCGCUGCUUUUUCCUUCCUCCUCCUCAAGUCCCUUUUCUCACCGUACCCACCCAGCACUUUCCGUGACACUUCCUUGCUUUGGCCAGAAGCCAUCAGGUGAGGUUGGAAAGCCUCUGGCCUCCCUUCUUUAGUUUGGAACCACGUUUACUUACUCUCCCCCACCUGGGAAAUGAAUAUUGGGUCCUCAGCCCUGCCGCCCUCUGCUGUCAUCAGCGGAUGCGUUUUUUUUAGCUCAGGUUUUGCUAAGGUGAAAAGAACAGUCACCGGGGUUGCUCAGACCUGCCGGCUCUCCAAGUCCUUGGUGGUUGAACUUGGAGAGGGGCCACAGAAGACGCUUGUAGGCACACACGGUCCCUCUGAAUGAAUUGUUUCUUUGCCUGUAAUUGCUUUUGCUUUUAAAAAUGGAAGAAGUUUAAACAGGGCUCUCGUUUGGUCAUCCUUGCAAUCCACUUGGGUCGAGUGUGGAAUCUGACAACUGGAACAAAAAGAACCUUGAAUUCGGUGCAUACUUUGGUUGUGGUGCUGCCACUUCUCACGGUCCUCAGCGGGGAUUAAGAAAGAGCUCGGUGUGCAUGGCAGAGCCCCGACGUUGGCGGGCGUGACUUCCUGGCAAAUUGCUGCGUUUUUCCACUUUUCUGUUCAGGACCACUAAAUGCUGAGAUGUGGAUGCAUACCGAAAUAAAAGCAAUUCAUUGUGUUCUAAAGGUUUUCUUUUAAUUUAGUGUUCGUGUAAAACCACCUUUUGAAGCAGCAACUAUCAAGUCCGAAAGGCAGUUGAUGUUUCCAUUCAUCUUUUUCUGGGGAAAACCUUAGCUCUAAGGAUUUACCAUCCUGUGAGUAAAGUUUAACAUAACAGUAUUCCAUAAGGAGCCUUUUUAUUGUCAGACCAUUGCCUGAUUUUAAUAUAAUAAAAAAAAGUGUGCAUUAA